AUGGUGAAGCUGGGCAAGAAAAAGGCGGUCGAGGAGCUGGGCCGCAAGAAGCUGAGGAACGGUGCCGCCCCAGAUGGCGAGGAGAACGAUGGGGACACCGGCUCCUCGGCCUCCCGCUCCACAUCGGUCUCGUCGUCUAAGAAGCCGCUGAACAAGCGCAAGGCCCGCCCGAUAGUGCGCUCCGAAUCGGAGGACAGCGACGACCUGCCGCUCAACAAUGGCAACAACAACAAGGUGUCCACCAGCUCCUCCGGCGGUGGUUCAUCGGCCCCCAAGAAGCGCAAGCUGGGCAGGCCCAAGUCGAAUGCAGCCGCCAAAAAUGGCAAGAAGGCUCUGGCUAACGAGGAUUCCGAGGAGGAUGCCGUCCUGGACGAGCAGGAAGCCGAGGUGGAAUACGAGGUGGAGGCCAUUGUGGGCCAGAAGACGGUGAAGGGAGCCACCUACUUCCAGGUGCGCUGGAAGGGAUACACCAAGGCGGAGGACACAUGGAUGCUGGAGGCGGAUCUCAGCUGCGAUUACUUGCUGGAACAGUUUCGGGCCAAGCAGGAGGCCAAACCCAAAGGCAAGACCGCCAAGGGCGCCAAGAAGGCGGGAGGCGGCGGUCGUGGUCGUCCGCCCGGCGGCGGCGGCGGCACAAAGAAGAGCGCCGCUGCUCCAACUGAUCCCGAAAAGGAGUGGGUUGUCGAGCGCAUCGUGGACUUUGUCGACGACGCCGAGGGCGGCCUGUACCGCAUUCGGUGGAAGGGAUUCGGCGCCAAGGACGACACCUGGGAGCCCGAGUCGAACCUCUCAUGCGAGGGCCUCAUCGAGAAGUUCAAGCGCGACCUGGUCACGCAGAAGAACGUGGAGACCAAGGAGCUGCGCGAAUCGCCCAAAAAGACCAAACGACUCGUCAACGAAUAUUACCCGAGGACAAAUAUUCACAAUCGCAUCGAGCGCUCCUCCAAACGGGCUGCCGCCAAGAACCGGUGCGUUUAAAAUCUCUAUAUACAG